AUGGCGGGCGCUGUAGAUGAUGGAUGGACAGUGGUGAUCGGACAACCUGCCAGUGAAAUUCGCGAGGAAAAGCAAAUUGAAGAAUGGGAGCGCUCGAAGGGAGGAUGGUCUGGAUUCGGUAAACAUCCGCAGAAUUGGACAGACCAUAAGAAAUUACACCUAUCAUCAGAAAAGGAAUUAGGCUCUGGAAGCUAUGGGCUUGUGCAGCGCGUUACAUAUGGUGCCGUUACCAUGGCCCGCAAACACGUAAUACCUCGAGGUGGAAUGACGGUCGAAAAGCUCCGAGAGGAAGCUAAUGCCAUGGAGGAAUUGGCGCAUAAACAUAUUUUGAAGCUGGUCGGCACAUAUACGUACAAGCGCAAAAAUUUAUAUCUCCUUCUUUACCCGGCGGCAACAUGCGAUCUGAGCACUUUUCUCGAUGAUAUAGAUGGGAUUCGCUCCGAUACGUGUGCGGAUAGGGAUGAUGCGAUGAAACGCCUUUUUGCUCUCGGGCUCAAGGAUAUUGGAAAAAUUGACGAUUUGUGCAUGUUGAGACGACCGAUUCUCCCUUCAGAUCAUCCGACGCAUAUAAAAAGGACGGAAACAGCACUGGGAUUUUUACAACAGCUUAUGGGAUGUGUUACAGAGGCAUUGUUGUUUGUUCAUGAAAAAGGCAUUCGGCAUCGGGAUUUAAAGCCUAAGAAUAUUUUACUAAGUCCCGGCCGGGUAUACCUCGCCGAUUUCGGUAUCGCGAGAGACGUCAAAGAUUCGGACAACAGCAUAACCUGUGGAAGAUAUGGUACUGCGUCUUGGAUAGCUCCGGAGGUUUAUGAUGGGGAGUAUCAUCACAUGUCAAGUGCAGAUGUCUUUUCUCUGGGCUGCAUAUUCCUCAAUAUUGCGACAGUAUUAUAUGGAGAUUCACUUGAAUUAGCGACAUUUGACGAAGUAAUGAAGGAGAAGGAAUGGCCAAUGAAGUACAAGAUGUUAUCGAAACAUCUGAAUAAAUUGAAGGACAAAGCGAUUAGAGCAGCCUUAGCUGAUGAAGAGGAGCCUAAUUUCGACGCCAAGAAUAUACUUGGCCUGGUGGAGAAAAUGUUGUUAUAUGAGCCGAAACAACGACCUUCAGUAAAGGAAGUUAACGAACGCUUAUGCGAGCUUGGAGGCCUAGAUCAAAUCUAUCAUCUGUCUUGCUGUCACAAGAAGAACGACGUGAUGUCUCGAUCAAUAAACACAAAAAUGAGAACCAUCUCCGAAAGCAGUCUAUCAUCGAAAAGUAGAAUCUCCGAAUUAGAAACCGAAAACAUCACGUUGAGAGAGCGUCUUGCAACUCUCCAAAACAAAGACCAAACUUACGAAUUACGAAUCGAACACGAACGCAACCACGCAAAAAAACAAAACGACGUCCUCAAAGAACGCUACGAAAAACAAUUGAAAGCACAAACUGAAGCCUUGAUGCGCGCGGAAGAACGCAUAAAAGCCUUCGAAUCAAAUAAUCCCCACAAACGCCGACCAUCACACACCCGAGGCCGCGGUCGCAAUGCCCCCUACGGAACAUCUCAUCCAACCAACACUCUCAAUCUCAACAAUCUCGCCGUCCACACCAACUCCAGAAUCUCCAUGCCACCUCCAUCUCCAUCCCCAUCCCGCUCCCCAUCCUCCAAUCCAAAUUCCAACCCCAACCCCAACCCUCCACCCCGCACCCCAGAAAGUUACUUUCCCCUCCCACCCCGAAACCCCAGCUUCACCAACCUCAAAGACCCCUCCCUCUCUCUCACCCUGCACCGCCGUCCCUCCGGUAUCCCCAUCCCCACCCGCUCCCCAACUCCCGUCACCACACCACACAGAUCACACUUCCCACCCCCUACUAGUAAUACCGGUAGUCGUCCCGGAAGCGGCAAUUCCACACUCGUCAGUAGUACCCAUUCCGUCUUUUCCAUCAAGAGUAAAAUGUCGGAUACAGAUGGGAGUAUCACGCCUGUGGAAAGUCCAGGGGAAACGAUGAGUUUUCCUGAUAGUCCGGUUUGUGGUGGGAGAGCAAAGAUGGGAGACGGGGAGAAAAAAGAGGGGAUAGCUGGAGUGUUAGGAGAUCAGAGAAGGAUGAAAAUCGGAAGUGAUGGGAGGGAGAAGGAAAAGGAGAAGGAAAAAGAAAAAGACAGAACGAUUAAACCUACAUGGGCACGAAUGGUCAGGGGGAAGACUUGA